GGGUAUCCGUUACACUUCAAGGACACAGCUCUUAGUUACCCAAGUGACAGUAUGGAUCAUUGCUAAUUGGCACAUAAUGGACCAUCUUGAUGUUAGUUGGAAGAGCUAGGACUAGUUGGAUUACUCUUCAGGUGAUAUAAGUGGAUCGAAUGACCUCAGGAUGUGUGCUUCUCCACCUGUCCCGUCAAUUAUUUAGAGGUUCACCUUUAUGUAAUCUCAAAUCUACACGUGUGAUACUCUCUUGGCUUUCGGAUCCGUGGAAAUAGAGCUCGUACAAACCCUUUUGGAGGGGUUCCUGGAUCGUGUCAGAAGAAGAUGCUCACGAUCACCCAUCAGAGCCCGGGUCCGGAUCUCUUCCAAUGUUGUCGCAAGGGCGAUUUAGAACGGGCCAAGUACCUGAUGGAGGAGAAAGAGGUGAAUCCCAAUGUAAGGGAUCGUUGGGAUUCCACACCCUUAUAUUACGCCUGUCUCUGCGGUCAUUUCGAUCUGGUCUUAUAUUUGCUGGAGAGCGGGGCUCGCUGCGAUGCCUCCACUUUCGACGGCGAGCGGUGCAUCUACGGGGCCCUCACGGACGAGAUCCGGAAAACCCUCCGGAAGUAUUCCGUGAUCACAUCGCGUGUCAAACGCCGGGAAGAAUACCAAGAGUUCCUCCGAAGGCUCUUGGACGAUGGCACGGAAAGCGAUGUCACUUUCCACGUGCACAAUGCUACUACGAUUCGCGCUCAUAAGGGGAUCUUGGGCGCCCGGAGCCCCUACUUUGGGCAACAAUUCUUGGGUCGAUGGAGACACCGAGGGACGAUCUCGCUCCGAAACUCGCUGGUUGAUGGGGAGGCGUUCCGUUUAAUUGUCGAGUGGUUGUACACCGCCCAAGUCAAAAUCGAAGCCAAACUCGUGGAAGAUGUCAAACGACUCUGCAAGCAGUGCAAGUUGGAUCGUCUGGAAAACGAUUUGGAGGCCGCAGUUUUGAAGGCGGAAAACUUUGUGCACUCCAAACGUGGCUUGAAUAUCAACCACGUUCAAGUGGAAUCCUCUGAAAGUGAGGCUGUCCUGCAGAGCGACUUGCGAGCUCUGGCCAAUGCAGGAUUGCCCGAUAAGUUGAAACCACCCGAAGCAUCGCUCAGGGAUCAUCAGGAAGCCCGCCCUCCAAUACUAGAGCCCUACUUUGACAUUGUGUUCACUGCCCAAGGUUUGGAGUUUCACGGACACAAGCCAGCCUACCUUUUCCAGGCCCUCUUUUCCGCCCGCAGUGAUUAUUUCCGGGCCUUGAUCCACGACCACUUUCACGAGGCCUCCUACGACUCGGUUCAUGACCAAUUGUCCAUUCCGAUUCACAACAUUCCCGCCGAAGUGUUCGCGGCCAUAAUGUCGCACAUCUACUCCAAUGAACAAGAGUUGACCACGAAAAAUGUGUACGAGGUCCUGGAAGCUGCGGAUUUAUAUCUGCUCCCGAGUUUGAAGCGCCAAUGUGGCAACUUUUUGAGCCAGUUCCUGGACUUGGACAACGUGGUGAGUCUGCUUCAAACGGCUCGAUUAUUCGGACUACCUCGAUUGGAGCAUCAGUGCACGGAAUUCAUCGCCAUGAACAUCGAAGGGAUGGUUCAAAACGAGGAUUUCCGCGCAUUGGUUCUCCACGACGCGAGUCUCAUCCAAGAGCGCCAAGAAACAGAUUCCAUCGAUAUCGUGGACGAGAUUCGGUACUUUCUCAAAACGGACUUGAAUUCGAUAGCGGCUAUCGAGGAUGCCUCCAAGAAAUUGGACCUCAUCAACGACAUGCUCCAGGAAAUUGGUUUCGAUGUUUGACCUAGAGCCACCCACUAUAAUAAUUGGCUCUGGUUUGACCCAUAAUACAAGAAACAUCAUUCAUCUCAAUGGUGAUUCAUUCGUGUAAUUCUUUUCGAAAUAAAAAAAAAGAAGAA